AUGGAUUUACUUUGUCUGUCCAGCAUCACUUGGGAAGUUCAGCGCUUCGAUGGUUGGUACAACAAUUUAGCCUUUCACAGUCGAGGGACUGCAGGGUCGCCGCUAAUGCGCCUCCUGCCAGCGCGGUAUUCUGAUGGGGUGUAUCAGCCACUUGGGGAGCCUCUGCUGCCUAACCCGCGCGAACUCAGCAAUACUGCGAUGCGUGGUUCGUCCGGUUUUCCCUCCUCCCGGAACCAGACAGUCCUUUCUGUCUUCUUUGGUUACCACGUUGUGUUUGAGAUUGUGGAUUCAAGACGUCCUGGCUGUCCGCCAGAAUUCAUGCACAUUCCAGUCCCAAAGGGCGAUCCUGUUUUUGACCCCAACAAAACAGGCAAAAUCCUGCUCCCAUUUCAGCGUAGUCAGUGGGACAAGGAUACCAGCCAGAGUACCAACAACCCCCGUACACAGGUGAACCAUGUGACUGCCUGGAUAGAUGGGAGCUCCAUCUAUGGUUCCUCCAGCUCAUGGUGCGAUGCCCUGCGGAGCUUCUCUGGGGGCCGCCUGGCCACAGGGCCAGACCAGGACUUCCCUAGGAAGAGUGACAGCCUCUACUUCAUGUGGAACUCUGUCAACCCUUCAACGGGAGAGUACGGGCGCGGUGGACUCUAUGAAUUUGGGCAUGCCUGGGGCAAUGAGAACGUGUUCACAGUGGCAGAGGGGAUUAUAUGGUUCAGGUACCACAAUCACCUCGCCUCCCAGCUGGAAAAGCAACACCCAUCGUGGUCAGAUGAAGAACUGUUUCAGAAUGCCAGGAAAAGGGUCAUUGCCACGUUCCAGAAUAUUGUGUUCUAUGAAUGGCUUCCGGGGUACCUUGGAAUUAAGACCGUGCCUUCCUACCCAGGCUACCAGAAGCAUGUGGAUCCUGGUAUCUCUCCUGAAUUUCAGUCUGCUGCCAUACGUUUCAGUACUACCAUGGUUCCCCCUGGCGUUUACAUGAGAAACAGCACCUGCCACUAUCGGAACAUUAUCAACAUCCACGGGAGCACAUCCCCAGCGAUGCGUGUGUGCAACAGCUUCUGGAACAGACAGAACCCAAACCUGCGGAUGGGCCAGGAUGUUGAUGACCUCAUUAUGGGCAUGGCUUCGCAGAUUGCAGAGAGAGAAGACAACAUCAUUGUGGAGGAUUUAAUGGAUUAUAUGUACGGGCCCUUAAGGUUUUCCCGCUCAGACCUGGUGGCUCUGACCAUCCAGAGGGGCAGGGACACUGGCCUGCCCAGCUACAACCAGGCAAGGGCAGCCUUCAACCUUGAGCCAGUUAGCAGCUGGGAUGAGAUCAAUCCUGAGUUGAACAGUCCACAGUUAUUCCAAGACCUGGCAGCACUCUAUGGCAAUGACAUCUCCAAACUGGAGUUGUUCCCAGGAGGACUUCUGGAAUCUUGGGGAAGCCCAGGGCCAGUUUUCUCCGCCAUCAUCCUUGACCAGUUUGAGCGCAUUCGAAAUGGAGACCGCUUCUGGUUCGAAAACAGACAGAAUGGUUUGUUCACUGUCGAGGAGAUUGAAACCAUUCGCAACACUACCUUCCAUGAUGUAAUAAUAGCUGUCACAAGUGCAGAACCCGGGGACAUCCAGAAGAAUGUGUUUUUCUGGAAAGAUGGUGACCCCUGUCCCCAGCCACAGCAGAUAGAUGCUGGGGCACUCUGUUCCUGCACCAACGCCACCACCCUCAACUACUUUGAUGGCAGCCAAGCUGGAUUUGGUAUCACUGUAGUCGCCUUGUUCAUGCUCCCUCCAGUGAGCUGUCUCCUGGCUUACCUGGUGGCCUAUUUCCGCAAGUCCAAGUUUAAGAGGUUUCAGAAGAAGCGGCGUGCUGUGGACAGCACAGAGGAGCCGGCCGUGGGAAUCACAGCCGAUGAGUGGCAGGGCCCUGACAAGACACUAUGUCCAGUGAGGCUGGAUCUGGACUCAGAGAAGAGGCUGGUGAUACUGGACAGCAGUGGCACCAAGCUCCGAUCCCUCAACCUGAUCGGCCAGAGCCACCUGCACAUCUUCGUGUCCAACAAUAAACAAAGCCGUGUCCUGCUGCUCAAAGUCCCUAAAGAGUAUGACCUGGUGCUGUUUUUUGAGGAUGAGAGCAAGCGCUCCGAAUUUUUGGGUCACCUGCACUCUGAGGUGACCUGCAAGGUCCCGGACGUGAUCAUGAGGGAGCUGAGGGAGCAGGAGCUGCUGAAGGAGGCCGUGACCAAAGAGCAGAGGGGACAGAUUGUAGAGACCUUCUUCAGACUUGCCUUUGCUCGGAUCCUGGAGAUUGAGAGGUGUGAUGCGGGAGACUUGAGCGGCGUGUCCUCCAGGAAGACCAGGGAGACGCUGCAGUGCGAGCUCAGCAGAGCGGAGCUGGCUGAGGCCCUGGGACUCAAACCUGACUCACUUUUUGUGGACUCCAUGUUCACUCUGGCUGACAAAGACGGCAAUGGCUACCUCUCCUUCCAGGAGUUCCUGGAUGUUAUUGUAAUCUUCAUGAAAGGUUCUCCAGAGGAGAAGUCAAAACUUCUGUUUUCCAUGCAUGAUAUAAGUGGUGAUGGGUUCCUGUCAAAAGAGGAGUUUUCAAGGUUACUGAGGUCCUUCAUCGAAAUCUCCAGCAGCUGCCUCUCAAAGAGCCAGGCUGAGAAGGCCAUCGAGGCCAUGCUAGAAGCAGCAGGGUUCAAUGACAAGGAGCACAUCACCUGGGAGGACUUCCACCUCCUCCUGCGUGACCAUGAGAAUGAGCUGCAGUUCGCACAGCUCAACGUUAAAGGCAUGGAGAUGCAGGGUAGGCGCAGACUGGACCGGAGCCAGCGCGUGUCCUUCAUCACUAUAGAAAAGUGAGUCCUACCAAAGAUACCAAAUAAGAAUGAUUUGAACGACAGUGGACAGGAUCUGCGCAGAAGACUGGGAAAAAAGCCAGGGCUCUGCAAUUCUCGCGUUUACGUCAAGGCGAGGAGGGAGAGAUACGACAGGAAUCCAAUCCAGCAGAGGAUCCAGCAGUUCAAGCGCUUUGUGGAGAACUAUCGCCGCCACAUCGUGUGUGCCGCCAUCAUCUGCGGCAUUUCUGCAGGAGUGGCUUUGGAGAGAUGCUAUUACUACGGUUUGCAGGCGGAGUCCAGCGGCAUCCCUGAAACCACGUCGGUGGGCAUCAUGGUGUCGCGGGGCUCAGCUGCCGCCAUCUCCUUCCUGUUCCCCUACAUGCUGCUCACCGUCUGCCGCAACCUCAUCACCCUGGGUCGAGAGACCUUCCUCAACCGCUACAUCCCCUUUGAUGCCGCCAUCGACUUCCACCGAUGGAUGGCCAUGGCCGCCAUCAUCCUCACAGUCAUCCACUGUUUGGGUCAUGCGGUCAAUGUCUACAUCUUCUCUGUCAGCGACCUCAGCAUCCUUGCCUGUUUGUUCCCCAAAGUCUUUUUCAAUGAUGGGUAUGAACUUCCCCAGAAGUGGUCCUGGUGGUUUUUUGAGACAGUUCCAGGCAUGACCGGGGUUCUCCUGCUCCUCGUCCUGGCCACCAUGUAUGUCUUUGCCUCGCAUUACUUCCGCCGCAUCAGUUUCCGUGGUUUCUGGGUCACACAUUACCUCUACGUCCUGGUCUACACUCUGACUGUGAUCCACGGCAGCUUCGCACUGCUCCAGGAGCCCCGAUUCUACAUAUACCUGAUUCCCCCUGCCAUUCUCUUCCUGUUCGACAAGCUUAUUAGCCUCAGCAGGAAGAAGGUGGAGAUCCCAGUGGUGAAAGCUGAACUUCUGCCCUCAGGUGUGACCUACCUGCAGUUUAAGCGUCCUCAGGGCUUUGUGUACCGGUCGGGGCAGUGGGUGCGCGUGGCAUGCCUGGCUCUCGGCACUGAUGAGUACCACUCCUUCACGCUGACCUCCGCUCCCCACGAGAAGACGCUAAGCCUGCACAUUCGGGCGGUGGGGCCCUGGACCAGCCAGCUGCGGGAGUGCUAUAAGCCUGAGGCCUUGAGAGAGCAGGGGGCAUACCCAAAGCUGUAUCUGGACGGGCCUUUUGGGGAGGGGCACCAGGAGUGGAAGAACUUUGAAGUGUCUGUUCUGGUGGGUGGUGGGAUAGGGGUCACUCCGUUUGCCUCCAUCCUGAAGGACCUGGUGUUCAAGUCCUCAGUCAACUUCAGGAUUCAGUGCAAGAAAGUGUACUUCAUCUGGGUGACUCGGACACAGAAGCAGUUUGAGUGGGUUUCUGACAUCAUCAGGGAAGUGGAAGAGAUGGACGCCCAGGAGCUGGUCUCUGUCCACAUCUACAUCACUCAGCUGGCUGAAAAGUUUGACCUGCGGACCACAAUGCUGUAUGUGUGUGAGCGGCACUUUCAGAAGGUGUGGAACCGGAGCCUGUUCACCGGCCUGCGCUCCAUCACCCACUUUGGCCGCCCCCCUUUUCCAUCCUUCCUCAACUCCCUGCAGGGUGUACACCCUGAGGUGAGCAAAAUUGGGGUGUUCAGCUGCGGUCCCCCUGGCCUUACCAAAAAUGUGGAGAAAGCCUGUCAGCAGAUGAAUAGGUGUGACCAGACCCGUUUCAUCCACCACUAUGAGAAUUUCUAA